AUGCACUUCCUACGUCCAGCAGCGCUCGGCGCACUGGCUAGUUUCUUCGGUCUCGUGGUUUCUCAAACUACAACUACAACCACGUCCGCUGCCGCAUCUACGACCACAGCGACCGCUACCGUCACUGCUGUAGCCUCGCAGCUCACGCUCAGCAGCGACUUUGUGAUCACAGAUGUCCCUGUCACUCGUACCUACGACUGGACCGUCGCGACAGCGACUGGGUCUCCCGACGGCUACUACCGCCCUAUGCUAGUCGUCAACGGCCAGUAUCCCGGUCCUACUAUCGAAGCUAACGACGGCGACACAAUCAUCGUCAACGUUCAAAACGACAUGAGCGUGGGCACAACUGUCCAUUGGCAUGGACUGUUCCAGAACAGUACCCCUUGGAUGGAUGGCCCUGCCGGAAUCACUCAAUGCCCAAUCCCUGCGGGCUCGAGCUUUACGUAUCAGUUCACGGUCAGCGGGCAGUACGGCACAUACUGGUGGCAUGCACAUGCGUCGACGCAGCUCGCCGACGGAAUCCAUGGGCCUUUAAUCAUACACUCGCCCGACGACCCGCUGAAGCGAGGUGUCGACUAUGACGAAGACCAAAUUGUGGUCGUUGCGGAUUGGUACCACGACACAUCGGCAGUAAUCACAUCAGCGCUGUUGUCCUCAUCUGGCUACCAAGGGAGUAUCGCCGCCCCAUCGCCUAACUCGGCUUUGAUUAACGGCAAUGGCAUCUGGGACUGCGCGACUUAUGGCAACAGCAGCACGUGCUUCACCCAAACGCCGUACGAGAUUCAGGUGGUGCCGAACAAGAAGUAUCGGUUCCGGUUUAUCAAUACGGCUGCUCAUGCCAUGUUCUGGGUCUCGCUGGAUGGUCACACCAUGAACAUCACCGAGGCGGAUGACACCGGCAUCUACAGCGAAGCGAACAGCGCUCUCCACCGCUUCAAGUUCCACAACGGCCAACGCUACUCAGCCAUAGUUGAUACUAGCGUCGGCUCCGUUGGCGAUUCAUACUACCUGCGCGCUCAGAUGAACACUGCGUGCUUGACCACCCUCCCUGACGACUUCUCGAACACCACCUACGCUAUCGUCCGCUACGUCGAAGAAGACGGAACUGGCGCUGGCACCACGGACCCGACGAGCUCCGACUGGACCGACGUUGUUUCGGGAGCGGAGUGCACCGACCUCGACACCUCGUCGCUGACGCCGAUCGUGGCCAAGGACGCACCCACGACCGUCGUCAGCCGCGGAAUGCUCCAGACCGGUUUCGCCGUGUCUUUGGACUCGGACGGCAACCUGGACACCGGGUUCGAAGUGAACUCGACGGAGUUCGUGGACCUGGUGUACCAGCCGGUCCUGCAUACGAUCGCCGCCGGAGGUACGGUCAACGCAUCGAACGUGGCGGCGGUAGUAUACAACACCACGGGGGCGGUCGACCUGAUCCUCAACAACCUGGACACCGCGAUCGACCACCCUUACCACUUGCACGGCAUGACCUUCUGGAUCGUCGCCGAAGGAUCCGGCAGCUUGUCGCUCGAAGAGGCCGAGUCGGUGAGCUACAACACAACGAACCCGAUCCGCCGCGACACGCACAUCAUCCCGGCAUCGUCGUGGGCAGUGCUCCGGUUCGAAGCGAACAACCCGGGCGUCUGGUUCAUGCACUGUCACAUCGACUGGCACUUGGCUGAAGGAUUCGCAGCGGUCAUCAUCGUGCAGCCCGACGCCGUGGCCCAGAUGACGAUCCCGUCGGCCAACACUGCUAUGUGCAGCGAGAUCCCGUCCGGGCUGGAUGUCUGGUCGACGUCGCUCGGUCGGCGUCGCCGGUCUCUGCCUGACGUUCGACGCUCGCGCGCGACGAGGAAUGUGUUCGAGGACAAGGGUCGCGCAUGA